UCUUGUUUUCUUUGAAGUGUUGUUGUCGUUUUGAAGGCUUUUUCAACUUAAAAAUCAUACCCCCAGUAAUUCAUUUUAGCCGCUAAGAUUGAAAAACCGGCGGACAUCAAGCAAAGGAUGGCUAUGCUAGCUCCUUCUGCUUCACAACAAGGAUCUUCCAAGAGAAAAGAAAUUUAUAAGUACGAUGCUCCUUGGACAAUCUACGGCAUGAAUUGGAGCGUCAGAACUGACAAACGGUUUCGCCUGGCUUUAGGAAGUUUUGUUGAGGAAUACAACAACAAGGUUCAAAUCGUAUCAUUAGAAGAAGAAGCUGGAGAAUUCUCAGUUAGAGCCACGUUUGACCAUCCUUAUCCAACUACAAAAAUAAUAUGGAUUCCAGAUAAUAAUUCUUACCCAGACCUUCUUGCGACAUCUGGUGAUUACCUAAGAGUAUGGAGAGUUGGUGACUCUGAUGUGAGGCUAGAAUGUCUUCUAAACAAUAACAAGAAUUCUGACUUUUGUGCUCCUUUAACAUCAUUUGACUGGAAUGAAGUUGAUCCUAAUUUAUUAGGCACCUCUAGUAUUGAUACAACUUGUACAAUAUGGGGACUAGAGACUGGUCAAGUUCUUGGUAGAGUGAAUUUGGUAUCUGGUCAUGUAAAGACACAGCUCAUAGCUCAUGACAAAGAGGUAUAUGAUAUUGCAUUUAGUCGUGCUGGUGGAGGCAGAGACAUGUUUGCCUCUGUUGGAGCAGAUGGCUCUGUUAGGAUGUUUGAUUUAAGACACUUAGAACACUCUACAAUUAUCUAUGAAGAUCCCCAACAUAGUCCUCUCUUAAGAUUAUCAUGGAAUAAACAAGAUCCAAAUUAUUUGGCAACAUUCUCACUUGAUGCCGUAGAGGUGAUAAUUCUAGAUGUUCGUGUUCCAUGUACUCCAGUAGCAAGACUUAAUAAUCACAGAGCAUGUGUUAAUGGUAUUGCUUGGGCACCACACUCUUCUUGUCAUAUUUGUACUGCAGCUGAUGACCACCAGGCUCUGAUCUGGGACAUUCAACAGAUGCCACGUGCAAUAGAGGACCCAAUACUAGCUUACACUGCAGAUGGAGAAAUUAAUCAAAUCCAAUGGGCAUCGACACAGCCAGAUUGGAUUGCUAUCUGUUAUAAUAAUUCACUAGAGAUACUUAGAGUAUAAGGGUAAUGUACCAAAGUACAUUUAUCAAGAAAGAUAAAGUUUUUAUAUCAUGACUGAAAGACUUCGGACUGUUGUUCUACCAUUAUUGACCAAAUACAGUUACAAAGUCUGAAUCAGGUCAGCAGGUCAUGCAACCAGUCAUCCGUCAAUCAUGCAACUAGUCUUGUUGUUUGUUAGUCACGCAACUAGUCAUGUUAGUUGUUAGAUAUGCAAUUUGAUAGUCAUGUAACUAGCAAAUUCUAGUCACAACACUGGUUGAUCAUUACAUUUUCUUUAGAGAAAGGAAAUAUAAUGUAUGCUGAUAGGAUAGAUGAGUAAAUGAUAGGUGGUUCAGUUUCUUUGUAUAUAUCCAAUGAGUGAGUGAGUGUGUAUAUAGUAUACAAAGACUAGGUACCUCAUUAAUUCUUUCUCUCGGCUGUUGUACAAACUGAACUACUUUCAAAUCUUUUAUGUAAAACAUAUCUAAAGACUGAAAUUAUUUAUUUUGAAGAAUUCUUCCAUCUGAGGUUAACCAAACAUUCUUACUUCAGCUAUCAAAUACUGCACAUCACAGAUGUAUUUUGCCUCUCAAACAUGUCUAGCCUGUAUAAAGCAAAUACUUGACACCAGGGGAUUUUUUGAGUUUCUCAUUUAAUUAACUAGAAAAUCUCAGAUUUUUCUCUAAAUGCCUUGGGUGUCCUCGUGAAAUAAGCGUCAAAAACCACAAGAGCAUAAUGUUGAAUUCUAUUGCAGAAAUAAUCAAAAAUAUGAUCGAGGAAAGGUUAAAAAAACUUGUUCUUUUGUAGUUUUUUGUUUUCCUUUCAACAGAAAAGUCUGUAUGCUAGGGUUCAAAUAAAAUGGAAAAGAUGUUGUAGAUAAUGUAUUUAAUGGUUUGCUAUCCAGGCCCACUGCCAGAACCGACUCCACAUCAGGUGUGGUGGGUAAGGUUUUCGAGGCUCGUAAAGAAUUGCUGUCAAACCUUCAUAUUUUACUUCAUGAUGUAUUUUAUUUCUGUUGUAACAUUGUCUGGUUAUACCAAUAUUUAUAUCUUCAUCUCUCUCUCUAUAUAUAUAUAUAGAUAGAUAGUCGAAGAUCUGUUUUUAUUAAAAUGGAAUUGGAUGUAGUGUCA